AUGUGGCAGAGGAAUCAGACCUCUCCGGCUGACUUUAUCCUUGAGGGGCUUUUUGAUGACUCCCUGGCCCACCUUUUUCUGUUCUCCUUGACCAUGGUGGUCUUCCUGAUUGCAGUGAGUGGCAACACGCUCACCAUUUUCCUCAUCUGCACUGAUCCCUGGCUUCAUACACCAAUGUACUUCCUGCUCAGCCAGCUCUCGCUCAUGGAUCUGCUACAUGUCUUCACAACCAUCCCCAAGAUGGCGUCUAACUACCUCUCGGGCAGGAAGUCCAUCUCCUUUGUGGGCUGUGCAGCCCAGCACUUCCUCUACUUGUCCGUGGGUGGUGCUGAGGGUCUUUUCCUAGCUCUCAUGUCCUAUGACCGCUAUGUUGCCAUCUGCCAUCCACUACGUUAUACUGUGCUCAUGAACAAAAAGGUAGGACUGAUAAUGGCUGUUAUGUCAUGGUUAGGGGCAUCCAUGAAAUCCCUCAUUUACACAGUGACCUUGAUGUGCUUCCCUUUCUGUGGGGCUCGGAAAAUCCGCCACUUCUACUGUGAGUUCCCAGCUCUUGUGAAGUUGGUAUGUGGUGACAUCUCUGUUUAUGAGAACACAGUGUAUAUCAGCAGUAUCCUUCUCCUCCUUCUCCCUAUUUUACUGGUUUCUACAUCCUAUGCCUUCAUUCUCCACAGUGUUAUUCAUAUGCGUUCAGCUGGGAGUAAGCGAAAUGCCUUUGCCACUUGCAGCUCUCACCUGAUUGUGGUUUCCCUUUGGUUUGGUGCCUCCAUCUUCUCAUAUAUGAGACCUAGUUCUCAGCGCACUCCAUUGCAAGACAAAGUUGGUUCUGUGUUCUAUAGCAUCAUUACUCCCACACUAAAUCCUCUGAUUUAUACUCUUCGGAAUAAGGAUGUAGCUAAGGCUCUGAGGAGAGUGUUGAGAAGAGAUGUUAUCAACCAAUGA